AUGCAUCGUGAUACAGCCAAGAUGGCAUUCGAUAGGUGGGAGGAGCUAUCAAAUUUAAAGUUCGAAAAUGUGCGAAACCCUAGCAGACAGAAACCUGAUAUAACCCUAACUGUUAUUCGAAAAAAUCAUAAUUUCCGAGCAAAUUGUCAAGGCACUUCCAAGUGUCCACAUAAUUUCGACGGUCCCGGGAAAGUUUUAGCUCAUGCAUUUUUUCCAAAUGAAAACAACAAGUGUAUUGAGAUUCAUCUUGAUGCCGAAGAAAAAUGGUAUCUUGGAAAUAGUACUUCUCCUGAUGGCCAAACUAGUUUAUUGAUGGUUCUGAUUCACGAAAUUGGCCAUGCUCUUGGCCUGGGCCACAGUGAUGUCAAUACAGCUAUCAUGUAUCCUUGGUAUCAAGCAAGUCCAGCAUUAUUCGAUAUAGAUGAUAAGAGGGCGAUAGAAUAUUUGUAUGGGCAGAAAACUGAAAACUAUCAACCAACAACAACCUCAACAACACAGACAACCGAAUCCCAAAAACCAAUAUCCCAGCACACCUCUACCACAGCUUCAUCAGUGUCGUCAAAUGAACCCCAUAACGUAGACGUUACUAGCACAACCUCAAAGCCUCAGAUAACUCCAACAAGAUUAUGCGACAUUCAAGUGCCAGACUUUAUGUUUCUAGCCACAGCACCCCAGUUUCAAAAUUAUCGCAUGUACGUGGGAUACAAUAGAUUUUUGUGGAAGUUCGAUUUGAACGAUAUGCGAAUUCCAUCACAGCCAGAGCUGCUUGAUGAUUAUCUUCCUGAAGAUUCAAAGUCUUCUCGAGUUUCACAUGUUUUCCAAAAUUCUGUGGGUGCAGGAGUUAACGUAGAUAUAAUUCUUGAGGAAUUAUCUCAAGCUAAAGAUUGUUUAAUCAACAAAGAACGCAAAAAUGAUGUUCCAAUGUCACUCAACGGCUUAGAAAAUCCACCACCUGUGCCUUCAAGUCCUGAGAUGGGAUUUUACGACAUUGAUGAGUAUGGUUUUCUGAAUAUUCCGAUCGAUGAUUUUGGAGACCCUGUACAUGUACAAUCUCCAGGAACUGAUAACCAAUUACCCCAACGUAUUUUGGCGGAAAUUUACGCACUAGUACCUGAGAGUACUCAUUCAAGUGAAAUUAUUAACAUGCCCACAUAUGAUGUUGAAGAAGAUGGAACAGGAGCUGGCAAAAUUAACAAUAUCAAUGUUCAAUCCAAAGUUGAUAUGUCGUCCUCGUCCAAAAACAUCAGAAAGACUAAAAGAGAGUCAGGUGCCUUCUAUAGAAAAGAGAAGAAAAGAAGAAUAGAAGAAAUCUCAAAACAAGCGGGAGCACUAAAAAAGUAUUUUGGAAAUCCGGAUGAGCCUGAACAAAAAGGUUUGAAUCAAAUCGCGGAGUCAUCCUCCAGUUCUAGUGGAACGAACAAUAAAUCAAUAGAUUUCACACCCGAUGAAGGUGAUGAAGCUGCAAGAUCAUCAUCAAGCAGUCCCAUUCUCAGUGAAUGUGAAGAUGAGAGCAAACAGGAAGAGAGCUCUGCUCAACUAGCUCUAGAUGAUCCAGAUUCUUGGCCUAAUAUUUUGACGCAAAAAUAUAUUGAUUUAUUGGUAGAACACGGUUCCAAACAAGUUACAGAUUUCAAAUUCCCAGUUGAUGAGAGUGGCAGAAGAUUUAGCAGUUCAUAUUAUAACAAAACUUUAGUGAACGGAGAGAAAAUAAAUCGCGCGUGGCUCUGCUAUUCCAUUAAACUAAAUUGUAUUUUUUGUUUUGCAUGUAGAUUGUUCAGUAGGGAUAAUUCAACACAAAUUGUAAGUACUGGCUUUUCUGAUUGGCGUCAUUGUUCGCAUUACCUCAAUAAGCAUGAAAAUACUCUUAAACACAUUCACUCUAUAAGAUCGUGGUGCGAAAUAAAGACAAGGAUGGAAAAAAAAUUUACUAUUGACGCGGAACAACAAAAUGUUUACAAUAGAGAAAAAAAGCGAUGGCGCGCUAUCAUUGAAAGAAUGAUUGUUGUGGUACAAUUUCUAGCCAGUCAAAAUUUAGCAUUCAAAGGAAGUAGUACGGAGUUGUAUCAUAGAGAUAAUGGUAAUUUUUUAAAGGCAGUAGAGGUGUUGGCCAAAUUUGAUCCAGUUAUUUCAGAACACCUCAAUAAUAUCUGUAAAUACAAAGAUGAAAAACAACGCACCCCGCACUACUUAGGACAGCAUUUUCAAAAUGAAAUAAUUAAUAUUUUAGCCGAAUCUGUUCGUAAUGAGAUAACACGCAUUGUCAAAAAAGCCAAAUAUUAUACUAUAAUUCUCGACUCGACGCCCGACAUUUGUCAUACAGAACAAAUAACGUUUGUAAUUAGAUGUGUGAACACUACUGAUGGUAAAGUAGAUAUUUUAGAAUUUUUUCUAGGAUUUUUUCCAGUAACUAAUACCACUGGAGAAGGUCUGUGCAAUUUUCUAUUAAAGAAACUAUUACCUAGUCUGCAGCUCGAAGUUAAAGAUAUACGUGGUCAGGGCUACGACAAUGGUUCGAACAUGAAGGGAAAAAAUAUAGGGCUUCAGAAACGGAUUCUCGAUAUCAAUCCUAGAGCAUUAUACGUGCCGUGCGCGGCUCAUACCUUAAACCUCGUCGUUAAUGACGCUGCCAGCUCCAGUGGUGAAAUUUAUGGAUUUUUUGAUGUAGUACAAGAGGUACAGGAGGAAGGAAGUAUCGUGAAAGAUAUAGACGGUAUACAACUGUUUAAUGAAAUUACUUCAUUCAAAGAUAUUUUUCCAGAUAAAGUUGAAGAUAGAACAGGAGCUACGUCGAAUAUGGAAAAUAUUUCGAUGAUGGAUCAACUCAAAGUGGAUGUACAAAAAAUAAUACCUAAAUCUACUAGUGAUGAUGUUACUGCUUCUACUAGUGGAACAAUUUCCAUAUCCAAUGAUGGAGCUGCUAACUCAGAAAUUGAAGAUAUUGGCAAGUCCACAGAAGAUGGUGAGGAAAAAGCUACCAAUAUUGAAAAUAUUCUGACAGAUAAUCAAACGAAACUAAAUGUGCUUGAAAUUGCCUCUCAUUGUACUAGUAAAAAUACUUCAUUGCUCACCAAUGGUGCCAAAAAUGGACCGAUAGCUACUGCUUCCACAAUAAAUAACUUGAAAAUUCUGAGUGUAGUGACGAUUCCUUUACCAAAUAGUGUAUUGGUUUACCCAAAACCAAUACAAAAAAAGCAAUUAAAAUUAAAAUGCACUCAAGAUGCCAAGUGCAAUAUCCUCUGA